UGCAGUAGUACGGCUCUGAUCGCGAUGCAAUGCAAGAAAGUAUAUUUUUACAAGCAAGUCACGACGCGCGUGUGAGAAACGUCAAUUUAAAUUUUCUUUUCUCAAAAUAUUAACACCAAAGAAGAAAAAUUUUGAAUUUUAAACACUGCGCGAUUGGAUUUCCUACUACAAGGAACAAGUCAUUGCACUUCAAGGAUAGAAAAGGUCAUGAAGUAGUUGUGAGAAAGCUGUAAUGGCAGCAAGACUAGUCCAAGAAUGGCUUACAGAAUACAAGUCAAUCUGUAGGUCAGAUAUUCCUUCAUUUUCUAGAAAGAACAAAGAAAACAUCCAGCUUAUCAAAGCCAUAUUUGAUGUCCUUCAGCCACCUCAGUCCAAUGUGAAUCUUCAGGAGCCAGUGUGUGGGCAGUUGUAUGAAUUUUACCGCUCAGGUGACUUUGAACUCAAGCGCUUCUGCCUUCAGUUUAUACCAGCUGUUAUCUGGAACUUCCUGUUUGGUCUGCAAAUACAUCAGAAUUGCAGUCGAGCUGGAAGUCUCUUACUUGGUAUCUAUAACAUGGAGGCAGUGGAGGCAGAUGGUGUCUCAAGAGUAGAAUCCUUCAUUGUGCCAACACUUGCUAAGCCAUCUAUAUAUCAUGAGCCAGUGAGCCAAUUGGCAUUGACUGAAAAUGUCCUGUCCUAUCAGCAAAGUGAUCAUCAUUUAAUCACAAGGAGUCCUUCUUCCCAGUAUGAUGAACUAACCAUACAAAAUAGAUUUGAUGUGCUAACCUAUGUGUUGUCAGAAUACAAUGCAGAUAUUGGGUUUUUGUCACCUGUUUCACAUGCCUUUUUCAGCCAGAUUUGUUCUAGAUUGGCUCUUUGUGGCUUCUCAGAGGUGCAAGAACAAGGAAACCUUAAGUCAGCUGAAAGAGACCAUCAAAGAAAACUUAACCUCAACACUCACAAGACUCCUAGAAUUCCUUUAGACUCGCUAUUUCUGUUGGAAAUGCUCACUGGUAUCUACUUUGUCAUGUUUAAUGGGCAAGCUACCGCUGGUAUGCUUGCAGUGGAUGACAUCCACUUCAGAGCCAGCUAUGAAAAUUAUGCUGAUGUUUUAUUGGUGACCAACGCAAUCAAGCAUUCUCUUGAUACCAAUCCAUCGGGUAGACCAAAUGAUGGGCCAGUUGGCAUAAAUGUUGCCAUUACACCACCAUCGCCUGUUGUCAAGCGCUCUGCUAUUACAAAUGCAUCAUUCAAGAUACGCAGACAAAAAGAAACAACAAUUACAGUCACUAUCGAGAGUGUAGAAAAAAGACAUGAAACUGCACAUCAUCUACAUUUAAUAGAGACUUCAGGAACUGAUACUGUUGCCACAACCAGACAUACAGGGAUGGCAGUCAACCCAGUUGACGUGACAGUUAUUGAUCAGUCAGGCUCAAAGACAGUAGACUCUCUGGAGAUUGAAGAGGUUACAGUCAGUAUGAAGGAAACAGAAAGCAAACAAACCAAUAAAGAUAAUAAAAGGCUGCACCAAAGUUCUAAUCUCUCAUAUCAUUCUGAAGGUUCCAAAAUAUCACCAGCCUCACAUUCCAGAGAAUUGGUUCUGUCAAACAAUCGCCCAUCAUCCAGUUCAUCAGGGGAAAGCAUCGAGACAAAUCUUUAGAUUUCUGUUAUGAAUUUUUACAUACAUGUCUAAAACACACUUUGUUUUGAUAUAAUGUUCAUUUGCCUCCAAUUUGGUGGUAUAUUCUCAGCCAAUAUGACUGUAAAGUCUUCGGCAUAGCAAUCAGUGUCUGGAUCAGUGUGAUUGUCACAGAUGAUAUAAACUAGAAUGAUGCAAUCACAUGUUACCUUGUUUGUAGAUUAGUCUUGAAGUAAGAGUUGGUUCAAGGUUUGGAUUUGGACGUCAGUUCCUUAUGUGAAAGCCUAGAGUGAUUGGCAUAACCAAACAUUAAAAAAAAAGCUUGGACUUCUUGCAGACACCAUUUUUAGAGAUUAUAGUAAGCUUGCACCAUUAUAAUAGCACAAAUAAAAUGUCUCAUGAGCUGACUGGUUUUAAAAUAUAUGAUUUAAUAUUGUUGAAAUUACAAUGUAGAAAAGUAAACAAUAUUCAAUACCAACAGCUCAGUUUUGUAUCUGCUAUGAAACACCCUCUGUUUAUUAAAAUAUUCAUGUGUUCCAAUGCUUACAUUAUCUUGUUUAUUCCUAGUUUUCUAUACUUGGGGAAUAAAAGGGUACUAACAAGUUCUUUAACGGCCGAUUAAAACAGGCAGUGUCGUUGCCGUGUUUUUAUUGCACGGCAACGACCCUGCGGGGUUUUAAACGGCCGUUUAAGAAUGAGUCACUACUCUUUAUUCCCAAAUGCCUUUUUGGUUAAAAGGCGUGAUAAAGUAAGAAACUGUGUAAAACGUAUCCUUUUCCGACGUGCUUGAGCUCGUGUCCAUGUGUUGCACUGUUAUGACUGAGAUGCCUAUUUCCGACAGUUUCCGGAAUCGUUCGUGCGCGUAUAGUCUUGGUGCAAGACGUUCUCGUUUUCUUUUCACA